AGCAAAGGCAAACAGAGCAGAGUCAUUCAAGCUCUGCUGAACUGAAUGUUACGGUAGGCCUGUUAUUAGUCCACAAAGCAAGGUUCCUCGAUAGCGUCUCCUGUACAGCAUGAGUGCAGGGAUCCUUUCUGAAAGAGAGCAGCAAAAGCUGGAAUUGAGAGGAGAGCCUUUGGAGAAGGACGGUCCCAGGACAGCAAAUAUGACCUCCAAGCAGUGGGUGAUCCGAGUCACUUAUCUGAUUACAGCCGUGGACUUGACCUGCAUGUUCAUGCAGUUUGGGAUUGUUCCAUCUUUGGCAAAAAGCCUGGGUUUGGAUGCAGUCGGAUUUGGCUACCUGCAAACGGUUUUUGGCGUUCUGCAGCUUCUGGGAGGUCCCAUUUUUGGGAGGUUUGCUGACCAGUUUGGAACCAGAUCUGCCUUGGCUCUCUCAUAUCUGGCUGGAUCUUUAUGCUUCUCAUUGCUGUCUGUGUCCACCAGCAUCCCGCUGCUCUUUCUUUCCAGGGUUCCAUCCAUCUUCAUGCACGGACUACCAGGUGCUCAGAUGGUCAUAACGGAUUUGACUACUCCUACCCAACGUGCUGAUGCUUUAGGAAAACUUGGACUUUGCUUUGGAACAGGAGUAAUCAUUGGCUCUUCCCUGGGCGGUACCUUAACCACAAAAUUUGGUGUUCACUUUCCUUGCUACGUUGCAUUAAUUGGAUGUCUUACAUGUGCUUUGAUGGUCCUCAUCUUUAUUCCUGCCCAGACAAAGCCACAGCUGAAAGGAAACGCUGCGCAACAGAGCAUGUCCCAGUCGAGCAGUGUAUUUAGCCUCAAAGAAAUCAUUCGCCUAAUGAAACUUCCGGGAGUAAUGGAUGUUGUUUUAAUCAAGAUGCUUUCUGUACUUCCUACAGGCGUGUUCCUGAUCAUGUUUGCCCUCAUAUCGAUUGAUUUCUUUGGUCUGGAAGCAGCACAGGCUGGAUAUCUGAUGUCUUAUUCUGGGAUCCUUCAAAUGGUUAUUCAGGGCCUGGUACUUGGAAGAUUAACGAGUUGCUACACAGAGAGGACCCUGCUCAGGUUGAGUGUCCUAGUUUUGUGUGGAGUGGGCAUUGCUAUGGUCUUGAUGACUAGCGUGCUCCAUUACUGCAUCAUCGUGCCUCCCAUGGUGUUCUCGUUCAGCACCAUCACUGUCAUCACGGACAUCAUCCUGACCAAGUCCGUCCCGGCUUCUGACACUGGUACCAUGCUGGGAAUAAGCGCUUCCAUUACUCCACUGACACGGACUCUAGGCCCAACAAUAGGAGGAUUUUUAUACAGAAGAUUUGGGGUCUCAUCAUUUGGUUAUUUACAGCUGGUGGUCAAUAUACCUUUGUUUUUGUAUCUAUUGAAGAAGAGGAUCCCUCAAAAAGAAGAGAAAGUUCAGUAAUUAAUUCCAUGAAUAGUAUUGAUGAGAAGAGCACAGAUAGGCCAUUGUUUAACUGUAUUUUGGGACUUUUGUUUUAAUUGCCCUAUUUGAUAGAAAAUACAUGAAUUUAAACCAUCUCCUAUUGUAGAUAUUGUUGGGGAAGAAUAUAUCAAGAGCCGUCUUCGAUCAGAUCAAAAACCUAUCCAGCCCAGUGUUCUGUUCCCGCUGUGGCCAGUUAGAUGCACUAAUGGGAAGCCCUCAAGUAGGACAUGAGUGCAAUAGCAUCCUCUUGCCUGUAUUCCGUACCAAGUGAUUUUGGAAGCAUACUGCCUCUGAUACUAAACGUAAUAUAUAGCCAUCAUGACUAGUACCCGUACCCCUCAUGAAUUGGUCUAAUCCCCCUUCAAAGCCAUUGAAGUUGGUAGCCAUCACUACAUCUUGUGGUAGAAAAUUCCAUAAUAGAACGAUUAGCUGUGUAAAGAGAGCUUUCUUUGAUCUGUCUUGACUCUCCUUCCGUUCAGCUUCUUGGGAUGAUGCCAAGUCCUAGUAUUGUGAGAUUUGUGUGUAUAUGUGUUCAACCUGCGAUAUUCCGUCCACACCAGUGCCCUUAAUUACUAUUCUUUUGUAUUUUUAAUCACUGUGGUGAUAGAAAGUGCUCUUAAAUUCUGCUAUCUUGGGGAAUAGGUAGCCUGCAUUUGGAAAAGUGAGUAUCCAUUCCAGCCUUGGAAAAGGAGCAGAACAAGCAAAUUUCUAUUAUAACAACCCAGGCCAUGCAAGUCCCAAGCAGAACUGUAUGUAGGACCUUUUGCAAGAACCUUUUGGGUGAGCCAUUUGUCUUCUGAUUUCUUCCAUCCCUCCCUGUUAGCACUUUAAAAUUGCAGAACUUGCCACAGAAUUAUCCACUGAGUAAUCUUUUGGUUUUGGGUUUGUUUUUGUUUUUAGACAUUCUUGUUGGCAGGAAAAAUUCUAAACCACAUUUACUUUGUUCACCUUUGAACUUCUUUUAUGCCUUUUAAAGCUCUCAAAACCCAAUAUUGAUUCAGAGUGGGGAGGGGAACUCCUGCUUCAAAGGGAAACAAGGAGAAAAGUUUUCCAUGCCAAAAUAGUUCAAGCCUACCUGAUUCCCUCUCCUGUGAUUAAAUCAUGUAUGUCUUUUGUUUAAGACAAUCACCACGAGAUUCACCUGUCUAUCAAAUGGUCCUGUGAAACAUUGAAAAGGAUGGGAGAUACAUGCCCAAAUUCUCCAAAUUCCACUUCAAAGCUUGGUUUGGCUCACUCCCCUUCUCAUAUGCAGCCUGUUUUCAGGUUCGAUCAAAUUGGGAAAGUACACAUUUUGCACUGGAAAAGUGCUCAUUUUUCAAAAGCGUACACUUUCCCCCAUUGACUAAAGUAUAAAAAUGCAAAUUUUUAAAGGUGUGCAUUUUUAGAAGUGCAUUUGUUAAAGUGCACAUUUUUCUAACGUGAACACAACUUUGGGAAUUUGUGGUCAUUUUUGAAGAAUAUGUGCUCCCAUCUGUUUUGGGGGGGUUGCAAAUGGGGCAUUUUUGAGUGAAUUGCAAACUGAAAUGAAAUUCUCAUUCAUCUGUAAUAACCAGAGAUGCUAAUGCAAAGACCCAUUUUCUUCCCCCCUUCCUUCACGCCAGAAAAGAAAAGAGAAAUGCCAUUUUUCUUCUCUCUCUCUCCCUCUCUCUCUGACUUACAUCUUCGAACCAAACUCCCAAAUGCAAUGAGCCAUCUUCAACUGAGAACCUAGUUUUGUUUUAUUUUAAUUACUAUAUUUUGAGAAGAGACAUAGAAGGGGCAGCUCAAGUCUUUGGAUUUUAGGAUUAUUUCAGUCCACAACAGACCCUGCUUAGAAGCAAACGCCUCUUUCUUCUCUUGACUUCCCCCCCACACACACACACACCUCAUUUCUGAAGGAGCUCAUUAGAGCUUCUAACAUACAAACUCAUUAGACCUUUUUCUCUGGGUUUUUCCUAAUACUUCACUCCGUCACCUGAAUUUCUACACCCAGAACAGAAACUUUUCUCUGUGGCUUACUCUCUCUGCAUCAAUAUUCUCUUCUUCUUUCCUUACUUUUCUGAGUGCUUCCAGGCAGGUGGCUCCUAGUGCUACCUAUCAAAAGGCAUUGGAUAGCUAUUCUAUCUUUACUUACUUCAUAGAUUUUCUUCAGAAAGUAACAAAAUGGAAGAAGUGGUGGAAAAACAUGGCUUCAAGUGAAAUACAAUGAUGUCUGGAACCCCACCCCACCCCACAAAGUUAAAUGAGGCAGGUUCCGUAAAAGCCUCAUCGGGAAGCAACUUUUCCCUAUAGGUUUUUUGUACUUUCUAUCCCAUUGGCUCUGUUCUCAGGUUCUUCCUAACAGAUUCUGCCGGGUUAACCUUCCUUCUCUUUGUAACCCCACUCUUCAUCCCAAAAGUUGAAACCUCUCAAUUUGCUUUCUUCCAACCCCCCUGCAUUUGCUUUAUCCCCUCCCCCAUCCCCGCCUCCUUCCAAAACACCCUCACAAUUAAAAUGAUUUCCACC